UCUCCCUCUCCGUCUCUCUAGCUUCUCUAUAGCUACUACAUCCAUGGCCGCCAAACGCUUCUUUGAUGAUUCUACCUCCGACCCGGAAUAUCCGCCAACGGAGAAACGGAUCAGAAGUCGACACUCUCUAGCUUCUGUUGUAGGACAAGUGGUUGCUGCAAAUUCCAUACAGAACUUGUGUACGAGCUUAGAACCAAUGCUUAGAAGAGUGGUGAAUGAAGAAAUGGAGAAUACACUCAAAAGAUGCUCUAUAUCAAACCUCACUAGGCAACCUUCCUUUAGAAUCCAAGCACUUGAACCUUCAACUCUACAACUUGUUUUCCCCAAAACCCUAUCACUCCCAAUAUUUACAGGAAGCAAAGUAGUCCAUACCGAUAACUGUCCCCUUCAAAUCCUUCUUGUAGACAAAUCAAGUACAGGAGGCCACAACCAAAUGCUUCCAAGUACACUACCUUACCCUAUCAAAAUAGAGAUUGUUGUUCUUGAUGGGGACUUCCCUAGUGGAGAUGGCCAGAUUUGGACAAGUCAAGACUUUGACAACAAUGUUUUGAAGGAAAGGACAGGGAAGAGGCCUUUGUUGGCUGGGGAUAGCUUGAUUGUCUCAAUGAGAGAUGGGGUUGCUGUUGCUGGUGAGUUCGAGUUCACCGAUAACUCGAGCUGGAUUCGGAGCAGGAAGUUCAGGAUUGGUGCUAGAGUAUUUGCUUCUGGGAGUUGUAAUUCUCAUGGCGUUCGGAUUCGAGAAGCCAUGACUGAAGCUUUUGUUGUCAAAGAUCAUCGCGGAGAGUUGUACAAAAAGCAUCAUCCACCAAGUUUGGAAGAUGAAGUGUGGAGACUGGAAAAGAUAGGAAAAGAUGGUGCAUUUCAUAAGAAGUUAGCUUCUGAGGGCAUCAAAACAGUCCAAGACUUGUUGAAGCUCUCCACUGCUAAUCCAUUAAAGCUUAGGAAGAUCCUAGGUGGAAUGUCUGACAAGAUAUGGAAUGUCACAAUGAAGCAUGCAAGAACAUGUGUUAUGGGGAACAAACAUUACAUUUACAAAGGCAACAAUUUCACAAUCACCUUCAAUCCAAUCUGUCAAGUUGUUAAGGCUAUGAUUGAUGGACGUAUGUACUUCACCAGCGAUCUAACCAACAUAGAUAGGACCUAUGUUCAAACAAUGGUGAGUGAAGCAUACACAAAAUGGCAUACAUUAGAAGAGAACCAGGAGGUAGAAGGUCUUAUCAACGAAACUGCGCUGCUAACACACGGUGACAUGGGGAAUCAAUAUCUCAAUUAUCAUCAGCAGGAGAUGAUGAUAUCAUACCAGCAAAAUGGAUUCGAACAAGCGAGUUCGAGCUACUUUGGAGCACCGGUUGAACAAGGAUUACAAUAUUGCAUCUCUGAAUCUUCGUCAGACGGAGAGUAUAUGCCCUCGAAGUCUUUCAUCAACAGCGGUUGACAAUGUAUUAAUUCGCGCAAGUGGACGAAUGUGUGAAGGUGUAAGAUAAUUUGCUUGGUGGGGAUAGUAGUUUAGGUAUUGCUUUAUAGGAAGUUGUCAACUGCUUCAUGGCAAUCCACCCCGCUUGCUGCUUAUUUCUGUACAAAAGGAAGAUGUAUAGGCUAAGUAUGAAGACAGAUAGUAUUGUACAAAGUAAUGUGAAAAGAACGUGUUGAAGUUUCCUGUGUAUAAUAUCAAGGACAUUGCAAGUAAUCUGUUUCUUUCC